AUGUUGGACCUUCAACAAAAACGAGAAGAUUUGUUACGGGAGAUUCAUGAGAAGCGCGCCAACGCGAGAGCUGGCCAUACUGCCGAUAAUGGUGAAGAUGAAGAGGAAUUGGACGACGAAGUGGAUAUCGAUGAAAUGUUGGCCAAUGAUAUUGAUGAAGCGGAAGAAGAAGCUAAUAUGGAAGAGGAAGAGACUGAGGCAGAUGCAGUGGAUCGUUUGACGGAAGAAAUAACUGAACGAUACGAUGAGCAGUCGGAAAAUUUGAGUGAUUUGCUGGAACAAUUCGAGGAACUAUCUGUGCCGAAAGUGGAAAUAGAUACCGGUGGAAAAUUAACUUGGGUACGAUACAGACUGGUCAAACGAUUGACCGCUAUACUUUCAAAUCGGCAAUCGCUUUUUGAACGUGUCUAUCCAGUCACACCGAAAAUAGCUGAACGUUUAAUCGCCAACGGUUAUCGAUUUCCCAGUCGUUUCGGACGUUGGUGUCCCGUAACCCAAUUGCAGCGAAACGCAUGGAUACUUCCGGUUCCAGUUCCGCCAGUACGUGUCCCUAACGCCAAAUGGAUUGGUGCACUGCCUGGGGUACCAGGUGAAACACUCCCACAAUCCAAACCAACAACGUGUGCCGCUAUCUAUCGAGAUAAUGUGUAUUGGUUCAAAACACCGGCGGCUCGAACCCUUUUCAGUAAGAAUCCACUGAAAUAUGUUCAAUCUCAACCAGAUCCACCGGUCCCAGUCCCGCUGCGUAUGCUCAUUCUAGGGCCACCGAAAUCGGGGAAAUCCACAUUGGUAAAACGGUUGGUCCAAGAACUUGAAAUUCCGGCAAUCCACACUGUGGAUGUGAUCCGUUGGAUUUUACACGAUCCGAGCCACGCGUUCACAAGUCUGGCGGAAAAAAUACGAGUUCAAUUGGAGAACGGGAAUGCGAUUCCAGACACACUGAUUGCAAGCGCGAUUCAAGUGCUUACUAUGAAUUCUGUCUACUACACACGCGGUUUCAUCAUCGACGGUUAUCCAAUCACUAUGGAACAGGCUCAGUUACUCAACUUCGAAGGCAUUCGUCCCGGUUUGGUGAUCGAGUUGGCCAUUGCAUCAGAGGCGGACAAGUAUGUACCGUUUUGA